GUUUACAAUUUCUCAAACUGGCGAACAUGUUUGAACAUAGUUACUGACAGUUUAAAUGCAUUUUUCUAGUUAUUAUUUUGUGUUUCACAGACUUGAUAUGAUAUUGUGAAAGCAGCAUUACGAGGAAAAUGAAAAAAGAGAAGUAUUAUUUCUUUGAACCAAAAUUUCACCUAUGAUGAAAAAAAAAAGAAAGCAAAGAAAAUUACUAGGGUGACAGGAUGAUUAAAAGAAGGUCUACCAGCGCCCUGCUACAGAAGGCUCAGUCUCAGCUGAAAGGGGAAAAAGUAUCCAAAACAACAGAGGAAGAAGAUGACCUCAACGAUUACAUCAAGUCACUCACUAAGAAAACAAGCCACCAACACAAGAAGAUGGUCAAUUUUGAGGAUGGAGAAAUUUCGAUUUCCAGUGAUAUUGACACUCACACUCAGACUAGCUCCUCUCAUGCCAAGAAACGCCCACUCAUAACAUCAGGAAACAAAUUUUUAAAGAAGAAGCAAACUGAGAUGACCUCACUGCCGAGUGCAAAGUAUGUGAAGAAACCGCAGGUGUCAAAUGCCAGCCCCGUGCCGACAGUGUCCGGGGAAAUGGCAAGGAACAAACCAAAAGAAUCCCUCCGAACGUCUUCUGCUCUGAGUAAAGCAUCUGCCCUUAGUAAUAAAUUUGCCAAACGGUCAGCAGAGAUGAGAAAACCUAUGUUCACUCUGGAGACAGACAGCAGUGAGAGUGUACAGACUCCCAGGCCCGGAUCUGCGCUCGGCAGUUACAACGAAAGACCAAGAUCAGCAGACUCCGACAGUGUGAAGAUUGGAAAAGAUGGAUCCAAAUUCAUGAAGAAUAAAGCCCAAGCACCCGAGUCACAGAGGAAGAGAAGUCCAUCUCCACAACCAGAGCAAAGAAAGCGAAGUCCUUCCCCGCAAUUAGGGGCUUCGGGGAAGCAGAGCUCAGCUAAGAAGUCAAGCAACAAAAAAGCUGCUCUGACCAGGUUGUCUGCUGAUGUAGUUCUGUCAUCGGGUGAAGAGAGUCUGGCAGAGUUUGUGGCAGGACUAGACUCCUCUGAAAGUUUCCAUGGAGGCAAGGGAAGACAAAAGGGACCAAGAACACCCUCCCCAACAAUCCAACGCUCUCCCUCACCGGACUCAAAACCCCCCACAGUCAGACGAUCGCCCUCCCCUGGCCCCUUCAGAUCUCCCUCUCCAGGCCCCUUUAAGUCACACUCUCCGGGUCCCCCCAGAUCGCCGUCUCCUGUCCCUCACAGACGAGGAGGGAGGUCCCCGAAACUUCAUCGCUCCCACUCCUCAAAGUCCUCUUCUGCCGAGUCUGACAUCUUAGAAAGUGAGAAAUACGACGAAAGCUCCGAUGAUGCCUUUAGAUUUAAUUUAAUGGAUAUUGAUGCUUUGGAGCCUGUGUUAGUGACAUCAAACUCUAAAACAAAGGAAAAGUCCAAAACAAAAACCAAGGAGACUUCUAAAGCUAAGUCUAAAAAAAAGAGUGAAAGUGUAUUCAAAUCCCAAAAGCCUGCUCUCAAAAGACAGAAAUCAGAGGAGGAGGACGUGUUUUUUGGACUUCAGACUGUUGAGGAUUUACUGGGGGGUGCUUCUGUUGACCGCUCUCCAAGUGUGGCCAGUGAGGAAGUGAAAACAGAAAUAGAAGACAUUCCUGAGGAAUUAGGUCCUCAGAAGAGGAAGACAACCUCCUUUCACUCCGUCCUCGAGUCGGAAAUAAAGACACAGGAUGUCAGUAGUUUUCACAGGACUUACUCAGAUGAGUUUGAUGAUACGAUAUCUGAGCGUAUUAUAGAUUCACACAGGCUCAGCCGAGUGUCUUCACGGAUUACUGAGGUUGACGAUUACACAGAGACUUUUCAGAGUGAGUCUGAGGUAACCGUGGAAACAGACACAGAAACGGAGGAGUCUGAAAAAACAGAAAGACGUAAACCAGUGAAGCCAGCGUGGGAGGAGAAGAGGAGGAGAAUGAGGACGACAGAGGUGGGACUGCAGACGGAGGAGCCAGGCCUCACCUACAGGUUUAACUACAGCCCGGGCUUCAUAGAUCCUGCAUCUAUAGCCUCCUUUGUCAUCAGCCCAGACGCUCUUCAGGGUAUGACCUCGUACAAUCCAUGCAUGCUGGCCUUACAUGACAUGUUGAAACAACAGCUGGAGCUGACUAAGAGUUUCCUGUUUUCCCAGCAGGCCCUGUACCGGUCCAUGUCUGAAUCCAUUGACCGCAAGUACCGCUACACAACACUGGAGGACACAAAAAAAUAUAUUAAGAAAAACAGAUCAAAGAAGCUGAGUUUGAAGGAGGCACUGAGGAUUAUAGACUUAGAAAAUCAAAGUUAGCACAUGGUUACUGGGUGUGUGGAUAUCUAGUUCUCACAUGGUAUCACGCCAUUAGAAAGGACCCAGAACCAGAAGGAGACCUGUUCUUACCUUGUAAAUCGUCUUUCUAUGGGAUAUUGACAUUUAUCUAUGUUCUGUAGGUUAAGAAGUAUUGUUCUGCGUUGAGAUAUUGGUAGACAGAUCUGAGUCUCUGAUAGAGCCCUAGGCUUACAAAAUGAGUACUGUUUUAUUACAUCUAUGUAUUGACGUUUUCAGGGAUGUAUAAAGAAAUAAACCAUAUUGUCGAUUGUAAUUAG